UUAUUGUGUGUGGCUCCCCCACAACAGCACCAUCUCUGGCAGGUGGUGUCGCCCUUUAAGGAAACAGCAGCCGGGAGACCGUUAAUGUCCAUUUUGAAUCUGAAGCGUAAAAUAAACGGUGCUUUUUGUCUCUCUUUUUUUUCAAGCUGAAAUAACUAUUUGUAUCCAUGGCCAUGAUUCGUCUUGACAAGCCACCGGGAACGCAGCGGACGAGCUAAGGGCAAGAACGCCGGGGUUCCCCCUUCCUCUUCUUCGAGCCCGGUUGCCACUUUUGUCGUCAAAAGGAGCUAGCGACGUGUUGAACCCGGGCGGAACCGCGAAUGAGCAAGUGAGGCCGAGGGGAAUAGAAGAAGACACCCCCACUCCAUUGCCAACAACCAGCACCACAACGCCACGGCGGUUUGUCGAGCUCUCAUCACCCGGACUUGGGCUCUCCCCUCGGCGGCGAUUUGUCAACGUGAGACGUCGAAGCUCAAUUUUUGUUCGGGGGUGGAAGUGAGCUUUUUUUUGUUGUUGCUGUUGUCGCUAUUAUUGUCCGUUAACAUGCGGAGCUCAAAAAGCAGAGGACCUUCGUUUUUGCUUUGAAAAGGAGGGAGGAGGAAAAGGUGGGGGCCGGGGGGGCACAAAAAAUGAGGAAGCGUCUUCAUAAAGACCCCGAAAAUGACAAGGUCUCGUUGUCUGUUGGGUCCCCGGGCCUGGAUUUGAGUAGAACGAGGAGGAAAGGCUCUCCUUGAGGUUUUUGUUUGUAAUCUGUCUUUAUUGGCCUCACAAUGACACCAAAGGAGCUCAAAUGGUGUUUUUUCCCCCAAUGGAAGUUGUGCCAGAGUGGCCCACAAUGAACAGAAACACUUGAAACCUGGACAGCACAUCAUAUUAUUGACAUUUCUUUGGUUGCUAUAUAUAUUUUUUAUUUUUUACAAGUAUUUCUUUGUUAUCUCCCCGAUUAUUCAAUGGAAGUAUGCUAUCAGCUACCGGUGUUGCCUCUGGACAGGCCAGUUCCCAAGCACGUCCUGAGCCGCAGGGGAGCCAUCAGUUUCAGCUCCAGUUCCUCACUCUUUGGGGCCCCAGACCCCAGACAGCUUUCACAGAGACGCGGGGCCAUCUCGUACGACAGCUCGGACCAGACGGCGCUGUACAUUCGCAUGCUAGGAGAUGUGAGAGUAAGAAGUCAGGUUGGAUUUGAACCGGAACGCCGAAGCUCCCAUCCGUAUCUGUGCAUCGACUUCCGAAAUCUUCACACGCGUCUGGGCGGCGAGUCGGAAGCAACGGUGGGCUCGACCCCUGAGAGAAGGGUGCGCCGGCUGCUCAGCCUCCAGAGGUACCUGCACUCGUCCCGCCUGCUGCGUGGGACCGCCCAUCAGAUCCCGCUCCCCAUCCUCGACGAGGACUACACUGGACAGGCCCGCUGCAUGCUGGAGAAAGUGGGCAACUGGAAUUUUGACAUUUUCCUCUUCGACAGGUUGACAAAUGGAAACAGCCUGAUCACGCUGACGUUCCACCUGCUGGACCAGUACGGCCUGGUGCAGCUGUUCCGCCUGGAUGUGGUUCGGCUGUGGCGCUUCCUGGUCCUGGUCCAGGAGGACUAUCACGCCCACAACCCGUACCACAACGCCGUGCACGCCGCCGAUGUCACGCAGGCCAUGUACUGCUACCUGCGGGAGCCCGCGUUAGCCAAGUCUCUGACGUCGUACGACAUCUUGCUGGGCCUGCUGGCCGCCGCCACUCACGACCUGGACCACCCUGGAGUCAACCAGCCUUUCCUCAUCAAGACUGACCACUAUCUGGCUUCACUCUACAAGAAUACCUCAGUUCUGGAGAAUCACCACUGGAAGUCUGCCGUGGGUCUGCUCAGAGAGACGGGACUCCUCUCCCACCUGCCUGCCGAAGACAGUUUGAGCCUGGAGAGGGAUUUGGGCUCGUUGAUCCUGGCCACGGACAUCAGCAGACAGAAUGACUACCUGUCCAGGUUCCGUCUGCACUUGGACCAGAGCAACCUGUGCUUGAGCAGCGCCAGCCACCGACACUUUGUGCUACAGAUGGCUCUGAAGUGCGCCGACAUCUGUAACCCGUGCAGACCGUGGGAGCUGAGCAAGCAGUGGAGUGACAAAGUCACAGAGGAGUUCUUCCAACAAGGUGACGUUGAGAAGAAGCACAAACUGGAAGUCAGCCCACUUUGUGACAGAGCCACGAACACAGUGGGCAACAUUCAAAUCGGGUUCAUGACGUAUGUGGCGGAGCCCCUGUUCGCCGAGUGGUCUCGCUUCUCGGACACGCGUCUGUCCCAGACCAUGUUGGGACACAUGGGCCUCAACAAGGCCAGCUGGGGCAGCAGAGAACAAAGCCCGAGCCCAGAUCCGCCGCCAACACCACCACUAGCGCAAGCCUCUCCAAAGACAAACCUCAGGGAAGGGGAGUAUUCUGACGCCUCUUGACACACACACACACACACGCAAACGCGAACACGCAGACACACUGGGGGGAGCGCCUUGAUCCCGUUAGGUUUGAUUACAACUUUUUUUUUUCCUUUUUCUUCCUCCUCCGCUAAACCACUGAUUUUAUUUAAUUUAUUUAAUUUGAAUUGUUUUUGGACAUAGAGCAAUACGUAGAUACCUCAUUUGGCGCCUGCUGUAAUUUCCCUUCCUUUUUUUUUCCUUUUAACUUUUUUUUUUUUCGUUUUAAUUUAUUUGUCACUCCUGAAGACAUUUAAAGUGCCAUUUGAUGCCGAGUAUUCACACAAGACGCGUAUGCAGUGUAUGUACGCGUGCGUGGGUCACUUUUGUAUUGAUUCUUCCUCCAAAAGUGACGAGCCCAGUCGUUUGCUGCCUCUCGACCAACCCAGACUGUUUACUACUUCUUCUUCUUUUUCUUCUUCUCCACGCCACACGCACACUCUCACUCCUGGAAGCACAAACCAGCUGAAGCCACACGCAUGCGCACAUUGUUUGGGGGGGGGGGGUGCAAGCAAUUAAAGCCAUACUAAAAAAAAAAAAAAAAAAAAAAACACACUCAUACACACGACUCUCACUCACGACCACUUUUUAGAAACACAAAGCAGUUGAAGCCAUACGCACAGGGCUGGCUUGCCCGUCUGGCGAGACAGGCAAAUGCUUCGGAGGUGGGGGGG